UCCGUUAAAGUCCCUCGCUGAAAGAGGAGACGGUCGGUGUUAGAUUCCACUGAGUACCGUGGGAUUUUUUUGUGUGUGAAGACUGACGAUAAGGGAAGAUGGUGCAUCACUCGAGAUCCAUUCAAUCCUUCAAGCAACAAAAGGGAAUGAACAGCAGUAUCAGUGGGAUCAUCACAGAACAGCCAUUGAAGCCAUCCCGAAGAAGCUUACCUUGUCUGGCUCAGAGUCAAACACUUCCUAACAAUCUGAGCAAGCAUUCGCUGCAGCAGGCAUCCAGUCAGAAGGAGGCAAUAAUCACAGGACCAUGUACCACAGAUUUAUCUUUUCAAAGCGAUAUGACUCCAAAGUCUGGUUCAGGUGAUAACGCUAUGGUUUACAGUUCCUCGGAGCAGACCCAUUCCAGACUUUGGCCACAAGAAUCUGUUGUUGAAUGCAUUGUUCCCUUAGAUGAAGAUAAAGAGUGGAGUACAAUAGAAUCUGAACAAAGAGCAUACGAUUCUCAGACUGAUCAUAUCUUUCUCCUCCAGAACCCAUCAAAUCAAGAUUAUUUGGAAGUUUCUAAUGACAAACAGAAGCAUAAAGGCCACUUGGUACUGGAAGACAGUCUGUUCUUCAAAGAUGGAAAGAAAAGGAUUGACUAUAUUUUGGUCUACAAAAAAUCAGAUAUGCAUGUAGAGAAAAGAAGCACCUUUGAAAAGAAUCUGCGGGCAGAAGGACUGCAACUUGAAAGAGAGCAAUCCGUCACAAAUAGUGACAUAAUGUUUGUGAAACUCCACGCACCUUGGGAAACAAUAUGUAAAUAUGCAGAAAGAAUGAACAUCUGCAUGCCCUUUAGGAAAAAAUGUUAUUAUACUGAUUGGAGGAGCAAAAUGAUGAGCAGUGUUCAGAAGAACUUGCGACAUAUCAAAAGCUGGUUGCCAAGAAACCCAAUGCAGCUUGAUAAAGAAGCUCUACCAGAUCUUGAAGAGACUGAGAGCUACACAGCACCAUUCAGUAGAGCGAGGAUGCACCACUUCACCAUAACCAACAAAGAUACAUUCUUUAGUAAUGCUACAAGAAGUAGAAUAGUGCAUCAUGUACUACAGAGGACAAAAUAUGAAGAUGGAAAAUCUAAAAUGGGUUUAAAUAGGUUACUCAACAAUGGAACGUAUGAUGCUGCCUUCCCUCCACAUGAGGGAAGCUACAAGAGCAGGCAUUCGAUCAUAACACAUGGCGCACUUAAUCACAGGCAUUUACUAUAUGAGCGCUGGGCUCGUUGGGGCAUGUGGUACAAGUACCAACCAUUGGACCUCAUCAGGCGAUACUUUGGUGAGAAGAUUGGCCUGUACUUUGCCUGGUUGGGAUGGUACACCGGGAUGCUUAUCCCUGCUGCCCUGGUUGGGGUGCUUGUAUUUCUUUAUGGAUUACUUACAGCCGACCACAGCCAAGUCAGCAGAGAGAUCUGUGAAGCCAAUAAAACUCUAAUGUGUCCAAUGUGUGAGCGUAACUGUUCCUACUGGAUGCUAAAUGAAAGUUGUGUUUAUGCAAAGGUAACGCAUUUGUUUGAUAAUGGAGGCACAGUUUUCUUUGCCAUUUUCAUGGCUCUUUGGGCUACAGUAUUUUUGGAAUUUUGGAAAAGACGGCGUGCGGUUCUCACUUACAACUGGGAUCUAAUUGACUGGGAGGAAGAAGAGGAGGAACUUCGUCCCCAGUUUGAAGCAAAAUAUUCCAAGAAAGAACGUGUUAAUCCCAUCACAGGGAAGCCAGAGCCCUUCCAACCAUUCAUUGAUAAACUCAGCAGGCUGCUUGUGUCUGUCUCAGGAAUAUUUUUCAUGAUUUUGCUGGUCCUGGCUGCAGUCUUUGGCGUGGUGUUGUAUCGUCUUGUGACGAUGGAGCUCUUUGCAUCUUUCCGAUGGGAAUUUGUGAAGAAAAACUGGCAGUUUGCCACAGCUGGAUCUGGGGUCUGCAUUAACUUCGCUAUUAUCAUGGCACUGAAUGUGGUUUAUGAAAAAGUUGCACAGAUGCUUACAAAUUGGGAGCACCCGCGUACAGAGUCAGAAUGGGAGAACAGCUUUGCUUUGAAAAUGUUUCUCUUUGAGUUUGUCAACCUCAACAGUUCAAUCUUCUACGUUGCCUUCUUCCUCGGCAGGUUUGCAGGACGGCCUGGUGCUUAUGCCAAGCUGUUUCACAGGUGGAGACUGGAAGAGUGUCAUCCCAGUGGCUGUUUGAUUGACCUCUGCAUGCAGAUGGGAAUCAUCAUGGUGCUGAAGCAAAUGUGGAACAACUUUAUGGAGCUCGGCUACCCACUGUUACAGAAUUGGUGGUCACGAAGGAAGGUGAAGAAAGCCAGUCAGAGUGAGAAGAAUGACAAUUACCUACCUCAGUGGGAGCAGGAUUGGAAUCUGCAGCCUAUGAACAUCCAUGGACUGAUAGAUGAAUAUCUAGAAAUGGUCUUACAGUUUGGCUUCACAACCAUAUUUGUUGCUGCCUUCCCACUGGCUCCUCUCCUCGCUCUCCUAAACAAUAUCAUUGAAAUAAGACUGGAUGCCUACAAAUUCGUCACGCAGUGGAGACGGCCGUUACCUGCCAGAGCAACAGAUAUAGGGAUAUGGUAUGGAAUCCUGGAAGGAAUCGGUGUGCUCGCAGUGAUCACCAAUGCCUUUGUGAUUGCCAUCACUUCGGACUACAUCCCUCGCUUUGUCUACACAUAUAAAUACGGUCCUUGUGCAGACCAGGGAUAUACACAUGAAGAAUGUUUGACGGGCUAUGUAAAUAGCAGCUUAUCCUAUUUCAAUAAAAGUGACUUUGGGACACAUGAAAAAGGCUUCUGCAGGUACAGAGACUACAGGGCUCCUCCAUGGGAUCACAAUCGAUAUGAAGUCACCUUGCAAUUCUGGCAUGUUCUGGCUGCACGUUUGGCUUUCAUCAUUGUGUUUGAGCAUUUUGUGUUUGGCUUCAAGACCUUCAUAGCUUACCUAAUCCCAGAUAUGCCUAAAGACUUGUGUGACCGAAUGCGUCGAGAGAAAUACUUGGUACAGGAAAUGAUGUACGAGGCAGAGUUGGAACACCUGCAAAAGGAACGGAAAAAGAGUGGCAAAAGAUACCAUGAAUGGCCUUAGCAUGACCAAUGCAACCACCGAACAGAUACUUAAAAUGGACUGCACUGCUACAGAAGAUGGAGAUGCCAGCUAUGCUGCACAAGUUCUUGCAAGUUUUUAUUAUAUAUAUAUAUAAAAUAAUGUGUAUUAUAAAUAUGUGUAUUAUGUAUAUAUAAAAAACUUUUAUAAUUAUAAAGACCUCGAUUGCAUGCUUUCAAAAGGAAAAAAAAGUUGAAUGCUCAGUCCAUGUUUGGAUUUUAAGUCCAGAAGGCAGGUUGUUGAGGACGCCCUUUGGAAAUCAUUUGGUGUUCAUUUUAUUUACGUUACUCUGCACAAAUUAGUUUAAGCUCACUGAUCAGAAUUCGAUGUUCCAUCUUUAUCGAAGGAUGAAGUUUAUUUGCAAGCGACUUCUCUGUUCCUUUAGGUUUUUUCCCCACGUGUCCCUGCUCUUGACCAUUUCCUUUCUAAGCCUGCCAUGGGAAGCCUGAUCCCAAAAGGACUGAUGGUGAGCAGAAUUACAAACUGGUUUGCAGGGCCUGUACUGGAUCACUGCUGUCGACUACUAACA